AUGCAAUGUAUCACCAUUCAUUCUCAAAAUCCACCUAUAGAGGUCCAGAAGAAGACAGUUCUUGCCGAAUGGGAAGGAGGUGGUUCGGGGGACUCGAUACACCAUACGCCAGCAAAGACUCAAGAAGUACUUGGCAGAGUUGCCCUAACCCCUGGAGACCUUCUUAACCUGCCACAGAUCCCAAAAAGGUUUGCCCAGCGUAUUGUAUAUCUGAACGUCGCUGUUAAGGUUGGCACUGAAAACAUCGCCCUCGAAGAGUCAAUUAUCUGCGGUAAACGACCGGUGAAAACAUCGACAACACCACUCACCCCAUCCAUGCCCACCAAGAUAUAUAUCGGCUCCUCAAUUGCAAAAGCAGGAGGGUUCAGUCGUAUAGAUAUGCAUGAGCGAGAGAUCCAUAAUGCAACUGCAACUGCGACAAGGGCGAUGUAUUACACCUUCUGCAGGAAGGAGUGUGUUGCGCCCAACUUCCGUAUUGCAGGAUUGUGGCAGAAUCCUGCUCUGCUCAAUGGCCAGGCUUCAAACCAGGAUAUCCAACGGUGGCUUACAGUGUUCUUCGAAGGGUUGCUGAUGUUGUACCUUGGAACCUACCAUGAAACAAACAAGAUCUAUGGUGAUCGAGCCUUCCUCUGUAGCGACGGGUCGUAUAGGUUAGUGCGAGAGGUUCGGGAAGGCCUAGGUCUUCCCGACUUCCACGCCCAUUCGUUAAAACAAAAAAAGGAAAUGUGUUAG